UCUGAUUGGUUACUGAAGCAGUAAACAAUAUCAGCCUGCCCGCAGGCUUCAGGAAGAAUAGAACCAUAUUGGUAAAAGACUGUAAAAGACUACUUAUUCAUGAAUUAUUCAUGUGUAUUAUGUUCUCAAGAUAUAGUUAAACACACGGAAAGAUAUUUUAUAGAAGGAAAAGGAAAAUUCGAUGUGAAAGAAGCGUUAAGAAAUCUCCCUUUCACUGUCCCGGUGAAAAGUUCUGUGAAGUAUAUUUGUAAGCAUUGUCUCGCGAAACUGAAAAAACGCAAAAGUUUGAAAGAACAGUUGUCUGAAAUCGAUAAGGCAAUUCAAAAUGCCUGCAAGAUCGACGAGACACCGUCCGAAACGAAGAGACGAAGUGAGGAUAACAAAUCUCAAGUUGCUGGCGAAGCCUCCCCGACGAAACGACAGCGUAUAUUUGUGCCCACAACAUCCACACCAGUAAAAGAAAACACGCCAAAUUCUGGGUUAAAUACUCGUCUCGAAAUUCCUGCCUCGCCCGUAGUUUUUCAGCAAAAAAAGGGAGAAGUCGAUGUGACUGUAAAGAUAAACUGGCCGUCCAAAACUGCUGAGCGAAAACUCCCCUCUGAACUUGAGUCACUUGGCAAGAUGCUGUUAAGGGGUACAUACAAACAAAUAGCUAAUGCGGCGUGGAAAAGCUCUGAUCUAAAAAGAGAACUUAAGCAACUAAUGGUGAAAGAAAUUGAAAAUGAGCAGCAAGUAUUAACAAGAGAAGUAAAUCAACCAAAGAUAAACCAGAUUUUGCAGCUGUAGCAAUGGCAGCUUCGAUAUGUUUAAAGAACAGGUCAAGAUAUAUGACUGCCGUUCAGCUUUUGUUGACCAUAUUUCUUUAUCAUUCUAACUGGAUGAAUACACUUGCCCGGCUAUGUCCACUGAAAAUCACAACCAGUCAUACUUAUGUAUAUAAGAAGUUGGACGAGUUUGGAAAAGAUUACAACAAGGACAUCUUACAUUCGGUGAAAGAACAAGGGGAGUUUAUGGAACAACGAGCAGCCCAAAUAAACCCAGAUGCACAUGGUCAACAGAAUAACAGGUGUUUUACUCAAGAUGUUGGAAGAAAACUUGUGUUUGACAACAUUGACUAUCACCAAGAGGUUCACCGUAUGACAGAGGACCACCAAAAUGUAGACAAGCACUGUGUAACAGUAAUGGCAAUUGAAAACCGUGUUUCAGGGAAUCACCUUGGUGAAGAGCAGCCUAAGGAUGGGAUUCUUAAACUUCAGAAUGGUAAAUGUCUCCCAUCUUGUCGUGAUAAUCAAAAGCAACGUGAUAACUAUAUUGCUCUGGUGGGACGUGUUAUUUCUACCAAUAUAAAAAGUUUGGAAUUCUUAUCAGAUGCUGCUGUUCAUCAUAUUCCCCAUAUGUACACAAAAGAAAUGUGUAUGAAAUCAGAUUUGACAUUUCUUGGUAUGUUGCAUGAUAAUGAAAAUGACUCAGACGGAAUACUAGCUAUCCUGAAGUCUCUUCAAAAGUAUGUUCCAUGUUAUGGUGAAGACAAAGAUAAGCAAUAUGCUGGACAAGGGGUCGUUGGUGACCAAUUAAGUGUUGAGCGUGGGGUGAAUGGGCUUAGCUCAGUUGCAAAUGGAUUUACGCCAGAUGAAAGAAUUGAAGGCUUGCACUUUGAGAUUGCAGAUUGGCAUGCUGGGAACAAAUUUUUGGAGGUGGCUUUCUCUCAACUAUACAAUGUUGCAUCAGCUGGCGAUAAGUGUACCAUGUUUAGCGACAGAAACCUGGUGAAUAGGCGAAAUGUAAAGCAAGAUGUGACUGCAGCAGCCAAUGCUUGUAGAAGAUUUUUUGUCAUUGAAGUGGAAGCUCGAAUCAUUGCUGCAGCUAUGCAUCUUUUAGGAAUGCAGAAGAUUGAUGAAGAGCCAAGCAAACACAAGUUUUCAACAACUGCAAGUGCAAGUUUACAAGAGAGAAAAUCCUACUUGAAUAACAUUUCAUCACUUGUCAUUGAUGAAUUUGUUAUUGAUCAAAGGCGUAACAGUGAUGUUGAAGAGUCAGUUAAUUCAAUCCAAGAAGAUCUACAAACAGAUAUCCAUGGCAGGUUCCCUUGCCGGGCUCCUGGCUGUACAAAAACAUUUGCUCAUGCUGGAAAGUUAAGAACAGACCACGAAGCUAAACACAAUCCACCUGUGUCAUUGCGAGACUCUAAUGCACACAUUCUAGAAGCAACAUCUGUUCAUGAGGAUGAUGAUAUGUUGUCAUACCAGAGAUCACUUCUUGACUAUGGCAUGCUCGUGUUGAACUUUUUCGACGCAAUAUCAGAAGGGGAUGGUCAGAGAGUUGUUCGGUGUUGGAAAUUUUUUUUAAUGUACUUAAAACAUCAAGGAGGGUCAGCCAAGUAUUCACUGGAAGCACUGUAUUUGAUGUUUCAGAUAAAUGCUUUAUUGAGCCCCAAGUGUACACAUCAUCUAAUUUGGAACCGCUUUACCAAAAGCAAACCUGGAAUCAGUGGAAAUAUUCCAUUAGACCUGCAGUUGGAAUUUUUAAACAAGUUGGUAAAAGAGGCUAUAAAAAAUCAAGGAGCAGGUGCGUCAGAUAAAUCCCUGGAUAGAAUCUGUCACUCACUGGGGGUAACCUCAUCUUUGAUGAAGACUUUUGACACCAACUUAUCAGUUUUCAAAAGAGCAGGAAGACAUGUUAAGACCUCAACUCAAGGGGAUCUAAAGAAAAUUGUCAAUGAAUUAGUAGUUAAUAAUGCCUUCACAUGCACACCAGGACGGAGAUACAGUGUUUUUAAACAUGUUAAGCCAAGUUUGUUGAGUGGCUUUGAUAUGCAUAAAAUGUUUACAUGGAUAAACAAUCAUAAAAAAUUCAUGAUUUUGAACAGAAAAGCGAGAUGAAGUGUAAAUAAUGUUUAGUUUUUAAUUAAUGGGUUUGGGAUCUUAAAAAAUUGCUACUUGUAUAUUUUGUAAAUAAUUAUAUUCAUAUUGUUAA